CGUGGUGGAACUGAAUGUAACCCAAUGCAAUUGGCUUUUGUACAUGUACACGUGUUACCCCAACGAACGAGGUGACUAAAAAAAACGUGUAACAUGCAAAAUUGCGUUUAUCUAGUCUAAUAUUAACUGUAAAUUAAGGAAACCUUUUCAUUCUAGUGAAAUUAAAGUGUUAGAGAAUUUUAAUUAUUAAACGUAUUCUCGAUAAUAGACAAAUUUGUACGUACAAACACUGGCGCCUUCUAGAUAGCAUAGCUCUGUCUUCAAGAAAAACACGAAAAGAUAUUAUUAUCAAUAAAUAUGGCUGUAAAUAGCCCUUGUCUGGCUGUGAGAAGUUCGAAAGGAAUUAAUUUGUAUCAUGGUCCUCCGGUGUAUGAAGAUGUCCCAGAGUUCACAAAAGAUGAAAGCAAGGCUUGUCGAACUAUGGUUUUUAGUCCUGAUGGUAAAUACUUUGGCUGGAUUACAGACAAAGUUAUUAAAAUUUGUCUAUGCAGUAAUUGGUCAGUUGUUGCUGUAAUUGAAAAACCAAAGGUUUUUUCUCUGCAGUUUUCUCCUCUAGGAACAUUUUUAAUGACAUGGAUGCCAUUCAUUGUAUCAAAAGAUAAUCCUCAAGGGAGUCCUCAAAUGCAUUUUUGGAAAUCAGAAAAUGGUGAAAAUGUUGCUAGUUUUACUCAGAAACGACAAGUUGAUUGGGAACCACAGUGGUCUAAAGAUGAAAAGAUAUGCGGAAUGUUAAUAAAUAAUAAUGUCUAUUUUUAUGAAAAUGCAAACUUUGAAAAAUCUACUUGUAAAAUGACAUUAGGUAAUGGCGCAAAAUUCAAAAUAAGUCCAAAGAAAGAGCCUUACGUUAUUGCUUGUUAUCUUCCUGGGAAACAAGGUCAACCUUCCAUAGCUCAAAUAGUGCAAUACCCUAACUUUGAUACUACUCAAUCAUUAGCUAGAAAGAGUUUCUUCCAAUCAGAUAGCGUACAAUUCUUAUGGAAUACAAACGGAACGAGUGUGCUAGUAAUAACAAGUAGUGAUGUGGAUGUAACAGGAGCCUCUUAUUAUGGAAAACAAGCUCUACAUUAUCUCAAUGUAAAGGGUGAGGCUGUGAAUAUUAUUUUGCAAGAACAUGGAACUAUUCAUUCUGUUGAGUGGUCGCCUAAGGGCAAUGAAUUUUGUGUUAUUUUUGGAUCCAUGCCUACUAAUGCAAAAAUUUUCAAUACUAAAUGUGAACCUAUUCAUGAAUUCGGUAAAGGAUAUCGAAACAGUAUUUAUUAUAAUCCUCAUGGAAAUAUUCUUCUUUUGGCUGGGUUUGGUAAUCUUAGAGGUACUAUGGAAAUUUGGGAUGUAGAAAAGAAGAAAUUGAUCGCACAAACUGACGCUCCUGAUACUACUUUACUCGAAUGGUCUCCAAAUGGAGAGCAUUUUGUGACAGCAACUACGGCGCCAAGACUUAGAACAGCAAAUAACUAUAAAAUUUGGCAUUAUACUGGCACGUUAUUACAUAAAAAAGACUGGAAUGAACCAGAUGCAUUAUAUGAAGUUUUAUGGCAAAGAUUUCCUGAAAAUACUUUUCCAGAGAAACCGAUUAGUUAUAAAGCUGUAGAGGGUAUAGUUUGUGAUAAACCUCAAGCAUCGAAAGAAGUUUAUCGACCACCAUCUCAAAGAGGACGGGUUAUUAAUUUUUCACUGCAUGAUGACGAUGAUACAACUAAGAAACCUGAACCGUCUAAAAAUGCAUCAAAGUGGAAAAAGAAACGAGAAGCUAAGAAAAAUAAAAGACAAGCAGAAGGUGAAACGGUACCACCUAAACCAGUGGAUAAAAGUAAACAGAAUAAUACUGUUGUAAAUAAAGGUACAAAUGAUGCAUCUUUAUCAACUGAAGAACAUGAAAAAAUUAAAAGGAUACGAAGAAUUCAAAGUACAUUAAAAAAAAUCUCCAAAUUAAAGGAAAGCUUGUCAGCUGGUAAAAAAUUAGAAAUAAACCAAUUGGAUAAAAUUAAAACAGAAGGUGAACUCUUAAAAGAGUUGGAAGCUUUAACUUCAUGAUUUUUUAUUGUUAUUUAAAUUGGAAUAAAAUGUUUUUUUUUUUUAAUAAAUAAAACUUAUUUAAAAAA